UACAGUAAAAGAGAAACCCCAGGCUUUAUUUAUAGCCCACAUACUUGACCUAGGUAGGACAAGAAUUAGAACAAACUUCACACAAGACAAGAAACCGUUCAGUUUUGUUUAUCGUCUGGAGCUGUACACGACCAAAGUUGCCAGAUACUUGCGGAAUCUAAUUAACUCAAACGAAGAAAAUGACAGCAGAACUAGGGUCAUUGAUUGGCCUGGGCUGUUUGCUUAUGGCUCUGACACCGCAAGUGACGUCACAGAGGUGCAGUGCAUUCACAUGGAGGUCCACCUUGGGAGAGAACCCUUUAGCCACGCAUAGUGGUAAGGUGGUACUGGUCGCCCUUAUGAAAGGUUACUGCUCCUAUUGCAUUACCCAAGCAUCGAGACUUGAUGCUUUAAAGAGCCGACUUGCCAGUGAGGGUUAUCCGGACAUUGCUAUGGUCAUCGUGAACGGAGGGGAGUCUAUAUCCAGGAACAGCAUAGCCAACCUGCAGCAGGCCAGUAGCAUUCCCGUCAUCCAAGACAACGAGCAGCAUACUAUGUACCAGGAGAUCUUCAGGCGAAACAAGGAUGACUUCAUUGUGUAUGACAGAUGCGGACAGAGGUCUGUGGUCAUUCCUCACCCUUACAGUUUUCUUGGUCAUGUGAUUACAGAGCGCGUGCUGAAAACUGUUCACUCUGGUAGACACUCGUGCCACUGCCAACUGGAUACUAUUGCAGAAAACGGCGAACAGAUACAGUCAGACGAGCCACUUGGGCCGAGAGAUGCUACCCAAACUAGCACAUACGUAAAUAUUCAGUGCCCUCAGGGAGACAACACGUGCCAAAGGUUUGAGAGAAGACUCAACAGAAAUCGAUUAGACGAUGACAGCGAAGCUGGAAGACCCCACAGAAGACGCGGUCGAGGACGAGGCAGAGGGCGUAACUCUGGUCGUGGUCAUGGUCAUGGCCGCGGCAGGCAGCAUAGUAUGAACAACGGAGAAGGCGCCAGACAGGACGCCCUUGUAGAAGCCUCGGUUUGAGACUGCGCCAAUAUGACGCUGACUCCCGUGAUCAGGGCGCCCACUCACUGGUGCAGGUGCCCGAGACAGGAAAUCAGUGAUGAGUGUGUGUGUGUUCCAGAUGAGAAUGAUGUCAUGAGUAUGAAUUGCGCAUGUCACAAACCUUCCCAUGAUACAGUAGCUCCAUGCGACCAAUGCCAGGAAUGCGAGGAGCGGAACUACGUAUGCCGUGAAGUUAAGAAACUGUCCAAAUGUCAGGCACGGUGCCAGUGUCUGCAAGAUAAAGCAUCCAAAGCGGAGAUAGCUCCCUGACAGUGACAAGACUCUAAAGGCAAAGCAGAGACGGUUCCCUGACAGUGACAAGACUUCAAAGGCAUAGCAGAGACCGUUCCCUGACAGUGAGAAGACUCCAAAGGCAAAGUGAAGACAUUUCCCUGACAGUGACAAGACUCCAAAGGCAAAGCAGAGACCGUUCCCUGACAAUGACAAGACUCCAAAGGCACACGAAAAUGACAUGACGGCAAGGUCAACUGUUAGGUAGUUAUUGGUAACUAGUAAACAUGACAAUGACAACCACAUUAGAACAGGAAUUUGACAGAGAGACAGAUCACAAUGACAAUUCAUGGAAAGAUAUUGUGUACCACUGACCAGGACCGGAUUUAGAUUUUAUAUGGCCGUAAACUUUUUGAAAUAUGUUACCUCUUGUAAUCAACUUAAGGUAGUUUAUGCCCUUGCUUUUCUUCAAAACAAUAUUUUGUGUUCCCUAAGCUAAAGCUUAAGCUGCCAAUGGAACAACACUAGAUCAUUAAAAAUCUACCAUUUCAUUAAGACCAGGAGAAGAAUAGAGUGUGGUCCAACACCAGGUGAACAGCUGUUUUGUUUUGCCUACAAUUCUAUUUACUCACAAAAAACAACUUAGCAUUGUCAACGCAAGGGCGCAUACUGUUUACAAUCCCAAUUCACAAUGCUCUGAAUUUAUGCUGGGACAAAUAAUUUUACCCUUGUUUCUUCGGUGUGAAUUACUUAAGAUGCAUGUCUUAUGCUAUAUCACCGUCAUAUUUCUUUUGUUUGCGUUUUGUAUGGUUUUGAAUAGAUCUAUAAAUUUUAUAAUUGAAGACUCCCAAAAUGAAAAAAAAAAAUUCCAUCAUGUCAAGUAGGGUAAUAAUAUAAACUGUUCACCUAGCUUUGGAUCACUCUGUAUAUUAAAUGUUCUUUUCUUUUAAAUAAAAUUAAACGUCAAUAUGUUAUAUAUAUAUUGAUUAAUCUAAAAAAAAUUUUUUUCAUUCUUUUUAUAAACUAUGUUUACUUAGGACUUUGGGAGAAAAUAAAAUAGCCAGAUCAGAUGCUGCAGGAAAUACAGACGAAAGUCCAGAAGACGUUUUUACAAAGCUUUUAUUAACUCACUCCUGUCUGUCUGGCAGGAUUCUUUUACGGGUUUUUUUUCUCCCAAUUCUCGGAUCAAGUUCAAAAUUGCACAAUUAUUCAAUGUCGAUUACAACAAAUGAAUCAAUUUUAAAAAAAAAGUUAAAAAAAUUAGUUAAUUAAUUAGUUUAAAUUAAUUAAUUUUGUUUCGUUUUUUUUGAAAAGGCAAAUAAAUCUUGCAGUAUUGAAAGAACUAUCAGCAAUUGAGAGGUUCUUACCCUUAAAUAAGCUUUGCUUUUUUUUUUAAAGUAUUUUUUAUAUUUUGUUUAUUUAAACUUAAAAAAAAAAUUCUUUUGUUAAAAAAAAGAGGGGGGGGCAUAUUGAGCUUCAGACUGCUGGACGCCACUGACUGGACAAGGACAUGGUCAACUUUAGACAACAGACUUUUGUUUGACAAGAUUUAAGUACGACCAUAUGUGACCAUAUUGACACUUUGUAUUCCCCUUUUCAAUGACAACGCACGACGAAACCUGAUGGCGUCGUGCGUUCGAUUCUGUUAAACCAAAUCCGGGGGAAACAAAGUGCCGAUUGCGUGACAUUGAAAUCUGGAUGUUGAACUUUAUAUAAGGUAGUGAUGCACAACCUUUAGAGAGACCGGAUAUAGCCCGCGUGUUCUGGGAUGAGCAUCACUGUUAUGGUGCAUUGUUGAAAAAGGGUAAAUUUUUAAUAACCUACAUCCGUCUAUCUACUUUUGUACUCUGAUUCAUUUACAUUAUCUACUGUUAUCUCAUCUUUUCUUAUAUAUUACUAUUAUCUUAAAUGUUUGUUAGAGGCAUCUUUAGUUAUCGGUAAUGUGGUAAUACACCAUUCUCUAACAGUCUUUGAUAUAAAUUUGUUAACUAGGGAAAAAUAGUGUAGUGUAGUGAAGACUGUAAGUAUUUUAAAGUUCGUAAUCACGAUAGAUCUAUUUCUCUUAUUUUAAAACAAUGAUACUGGGAGAUGAAUUCAAGUAAAACUCUGAGAGUUAUCCUCCUUGGACUGAAGAUUUCCUCCAAAUGUCUAUUUUGUUAAAUAUCUUUUGACAAAUUAAUCUCCCCUGAAACCAAUCCACUGAUAUAUAUCCACGAAGAUAACAAUUAUUAUAACCAAAAAUCAAUUUUAGACCAAACCUUUGUUAUGACUUGUAGAAUAGCAUUGUCUGAGCAUCAACUAUAUAAAAGACUUACAAGCAACAAAACGCGUAGAUUACUCACUGUGUUGAUCUAUACAUUCUAAUAUGCCAUUCAAUGUUAAUUAAAUUUAUCUUUGUAUAUAAAAUAAGAUUCACUUUCUUUAUUUUAAAAAAUCAUUUUAUUGACCUUUCUUAUUAUUUGACUGUGUGCUAUUUCUUUCUUUGAGUGUGUGUGUGUAAUGUGGCUACAUCGGUUGUAUAGCUGUACAGUGAUGAUUUAUAUCUAAGUAAUCAGGAUUAUGUACAUAAUUUGAUCGCAGUACACAAUGUAAUCAUUUGAAUAGCUGUGUGAUUAGUGAAAUACGAAUCAAAUUUCGAGCUUAUAUUUCAUUAAUCACUUUUAUAGUUUUUGACUUUAUUUUUGUAGUUAUAUUUCUAAAUAAAUCGGAUCAAACAGA